AUGGAUCUGUCGCAGACCUUGCAGGGCCUCUGGCAGCGAGGCUUCGGCCUCGGCUCGCUCUGCAACAGCUGCACGACUUUCGUGGUGCCAGAGACACAUCGCUUGGCUCGGUUCGGCAAGAAGAUUCGUGGAAAGUCCGAGGAGAAGAACCUGGACUUCGCUGCGAGUGAGGCCUCCGACAUGGCCCAAAGGUCCUCCGACGGCAUCAAUGCGGAUGGGGAGCUCACGCCAAGCACCCGGAAGACGGCGCUGGAAGCGAUGCGAAACGUGCUCCAGCGGACGGAGUUCACCCCGCGUGCUCUCGCGGAGGAGGACGGCUUUGGAAUGGAGGCCCAAGUCGAGGACGACGUAACCCGCAGGCUGCACACCCGUUUCCUGGAAGCAGCGCGCUCUGGCAACUUCCGGGGAGUGGUCGAGGCUCUGUCGGAAGGGGCAGACCUCCACUGCCGCACUGCGAGAGGUCAGACCGCCUUGAUGCUGGCAGCUGCCUGCAGGGGACAAAGCUCCCUGCAGAUCAUCGGCUUCCUGGUGGAGUGCCGCGUGGACGUCGAAGCCGCGGACCACCAUGGUUGGACAGCCCUCUUGCAUGCUUGCCGCAACGACAUGAAGGAGGCAGCGGAGCUGCUGCUGAAAAGCCAAGCCAAUGUCAAUGCCAAGUCUGCUGAUGGGCAGAAUGCAGCGAUGCUGGCCGCAGUGGAGUCGGGUGAUGAACUUGUCAUGCGACUCGUAGGAUUCCGAGUGGGGCUCGAGCGUUCAGAUCGCCGUGGCUACACGUUGCUGUUCUAUGCUGUGGAGACCGGGCGCGAGGACCUGGUGAAGUGGCUGCUGAAGACCAGGUCCAACCCCAACGCUCGCUCCAAGGACAAGAGCACCUGCACCAUUCUGGCUGCUGAGAAAGGUCAUCUGAAAAUCUUGAAGGCUCUUGUGGCCAAGAAUGUCGAUGUAAAUGCGCAGGACCUCAUGGGAAACAAUGCCUUGCUGCUCAGUGUGAUGGCGGCGAGGGACAAUGUGGCCCGGUAUCUCCUCAACAACGGGGCAGACUGCAACGUGAAAAACAAGGACGGAACCACGGCCUUGGAGGUCGCGGCGAAGCUGAAGCUGGGACCGCUCAAGAGCCUCCUGGACGUGAUGUCGCGGAAGACCCAGGAUCGAGGUGGCGAAGAAGAUGACGACCUGUAG